AUGUUAGCUUGUGCUCUUACCUCCACUCCAACUGACUAUACGACCAAACUGACUUCAGACACAGACACUCCACUUGCAGAUCCUUCUCCUUAUAGAAGGUUGAUUGGAAGACUAAUUUAUCUUACUUCCACUCGUCCAGACAUCACCUAUGCUGUUCAAAAUCUAAGUCAAUUUGUUUCCUCCCCCACUGAUCUUCAUUACAGGGCUGCUUUUCGUGUUUUAAGAUAUUUAAAGCAAUCUCUGGGUGUUGGAAUUUUCUUUUCUUCCUCAAGUGCUUUACAACUAAAAGGCUUUAGUGAUUCAGAUUGGGCAGGUUGCCCUGAGACAAGACGAUCUGUUACUAGUUUUUCUGUCUAUUUGGGUGAUUCUUUGAUUUCUUGGAAGUCAAAGAAACAAGCAAUGGUCUCACGUAGUUCAUCUGAGGCUGAGUACCAGGCUCUUGCAUCAACUACAUGCGAGAUUCAAUGGCUUUCUUAUUUGCUUGAUGAUUUCAAAGUUUCUUACAAAAAGCCUGCAUUAUUGUUUUGUGAUAAUGAUUCUGCCAUUCAAAUAGCUUGUAAUCAGGUUUUUCACGAGAGAACGAAGCAUAUUGAGAUAGAUUGCCAUGUUGUUAGAGAAAAGGUUAAUCUUGGAGUUCUCAAUCUUCUCCCGGUUUCUUCUUCAAUGCAACUUGCAGACAUAUUCACGAAAGCUCUUCAUCCUCAUGUUUUCAAAGUUUCUUACGGCAAGCGAGGAAUGUAUGACAUCCAUUCCCAACUUGAGGGGCCUGUUACAAUUCAAAUAGGCUAG